AUGGCGCCGCGACGAAUCGUUCGCACCGUUUUGCAGGUGGCAAUAGCGGGCAUCUUCACCUGCAUCGUCGUAUUCUUCCUCGAUCGCAACUACCGCGUCUUGCCGAAUGCCUUGCAUGAAUAUCUCCCACAGCCCCAUAAUGGGCUCAUCAUCACCGACAUCCGCAUCACCAAGUGCUCCUCUCUCAAUGUCUUUUCGUCGUGCACGCUGGACUCUGAUGUGUGGCAUCGCAUCGAGAAGGACUUGUAUCUGGGCAAGAGCCUGUCGCAUGCGUAUGUGCACAUUCAGCGGAAGCGAGAGGAGGAGCUGCAGCCGGAGGACAAGAUCGUCGUCGACGUCACCGUUGGAAGGCUCGACCCCGGGUCCAGCGACAAGGGACAGGAGGAGGAGCACUGGGACUCACGGGGUGCCGGCCUGUGGGUGAAGCGCACGGCAAAGAGGCGUGUGGCCGACACGAAGAGCGCGGUCACGGCCGUGGAUGUGCUGUUCGGCGAGGAUGCCGUGGAGGCGCGUGACGGCUGGGCCAUCAAGGGCACGCCGCUGCUCCUGGACGGCAGCAUGGUAUCCCAUGUGACCGUGCGCACUGGCAGCCACCACGACGUGAACAAGCCGCAGCUGCGCAUCGGCGACAAUGGCAAGUUUAAGAUCGUGCAGCUGGCCGACCUGCACCUGAGCACGGGCGUGGGCCAUUGCCGCGAUGCCGUGCCAGACACGUACAAGGGCGGGAAGUGCGAGGCAGACCCGCGAACGCUGGACUUUGUGGCCCGCGUCCUGGAGGAGGAGCGGCCAGACCUGGUCGUGCUGAGUGGCGACCAGGUCAACGGCGAAACGGCUCCGGAUGUACAGUCGGCCAUCUUCAAAUAUGCACAUCUCCUGAUCAAGCACAACAUCCCCUACGUCUCCAUUUUCGGGAACCACGACGACGAGGGCUCGCUGCCGCGAUCCAGCCAGAUGGCGCUCAUCGAGACCCUGCCCUUAUCGUUGUCGGAGGCGGGCCCGGACAGCAUUGCCGGCGUAGGGAACUACGUGGUGGAGGUGCUGGCACGAGGCGGCUCAUCGCACUCGGCACUGACUAUCUACCUUCUGGACACGCACGCCUACUCGCCGGAUGAGCACAAGUACAAGGGCUACGACUGGCUCAAACCGGAUCAGAUCGACUGGUUCCGCCAGACGGCACAGGGACUGAAGAAGAGCCACGCCGAAUACACGCACAUGCACAUGGACGUGGCAUUCAUCCAUAUUCCGGUUCCCGAGUACCGCGACCCGAACCUCUACUUCAAGGGCGACUGGAAGGAGCCCCCGACGGCGCCGGCGUUCAACUCCAAGUUCCGCGACGCUCUGGUGGAAGAGGGCAUUUCUAUGGUCAGCUGUGGACACGAUCAUGUUAACGAGUACUGCGCCCUAUCCGUGGACGAAAGCAACCAGCCGAAGCUCUGGAUGUGCUACGGCGGUGGAGCGGGUUUCGGUGGUUAUGGCGGCUACGGCGGCUUCCUCCGCAAAAUCCGGGUGUUCGAUUUCGACAUGAACGAGGGCCGGAUUGCCACCUGGAAGCGGGUAGAGUAUGGCGAAAAUGUUGGCAAGCAGCUGGACGUCCAGAUCAUUGUGGAUGCGGGCCGGCCUGUCCUGCCGGCUGAAGAGUGA